CCCCACUAGAUCAACAGCUCUGUGACGCAACAACCCUCCAUAGAAUCGUUACACCACAGCUAGAGUGCUGCAAAUAUCAAACACUAUAAACCUUACAGCUUUAUCACUGCUGUUGAUCACGGCUCUGUGCGCAGCAUGACUGUCAAGGUGAUUAACCAGGAUGAGCACCAGGUUGCUCACCUAAUUAAGCAGCUUGAAACAGCGAGCAAAGAUAAGCGAAAGAGUUCGGUGUCAGUCAGAAAGACAGCAUUUGACGUGAAAGGAUCAACAAUUCGGCAAAGGGUCUUCUCAUGGAGGUUUCAAGACUGGGACUAUAAGAAGAAGGAAUUACCAACACAUGCUCGUGGUCUCUUCACUACAACUACACGAAAUAUUCCCGAAAUCGCAGUCAGAGGGUAUGAUAAAUUUUUCAACACUGGAGAAGUCUCUGAAACGAAGUGGGAAAAUAUCAUUUCUAAAACGACGCCACCGUACGAAUUGACUUUGAAAGAAAACGGCUGCAUUAUUUUCAUUGCUGGUCUUGAAGAUGAAACUCUCUUGGUUUGCAGUAAACAUUCAACCGGAGAUCGGCCUGGGCAAAUAAGCCAUGCAAAUGCAGGAGAGAGAUGGCUGGAAAGACAGCUUGCGACAAUUGGCAAAACAAAACAAGAUCUUGCCAGAGAACUUCGCAGCCGAAACGCAACUGCGGUCGCCGAACUCUGCGAUGACAGCUUUGAGGAGCAUGUGCUCGCGUAUGGGCCUGACAAAGCCGGAUUGUACUUGCAUGGUUUGAAUUUUAACUUGCCGGAAUUUGCAACGUAUCCUAGUGCCACAGUCCAAGAGUUUGCGGAUAACUGGGCUUUUCGCCAAACGAAUUUCAUUACGAUGAAUGAUAUACAAGAAGUCAAAACGUUCCUUGAGGAUGCUGCAUCUACUGGAGCAUACGAUGGCCGCGAUAUUGAAGGCUUUGUGAUUCGGUGCAAAAUGUCUCCAAGCCCGGGUUUGGUGCCCUAUCAUGAUUGGUUCUUCAAGUUCAAAUUUGAAGAGCCAUACCUAAUGUACCGACAGUGGAGGGAGUGUACGAAAGCUCUAAUCAGUGGAAGAGAGCCCCGAUACAGCAAACACUCCAGAAUUACAGAAGAAUACUUGCACUACACAAAGCAACGGUUAAUAUCAGAUCCAUCAAUGGCGAAGCUUUACACUCAAAACCAUGGGAUCAUAGCCCUGAGGGAUGAAUUUUUGCAAUUCAAGAAUUUAAAUGGUUCAGAGGCUGCCAAUAUUGACUCCGAAGACGUCACAGCUGUCAUGUCCAAUGUGACAGACCAAAUAGUUCUCUGUCCUAUUGCUACCAUUGGCUGCGGCAAAACCACAAUCGCUCAUGCCCUCACAACAUUAUUUCAAUGGGGACAUGUUCAGAAUGACGACAUCUCUGGCAAGGGAAGACCUCCAAGAUUUGCUAAAGCUAUAGUGGACGCGCUCAAGAGCCACCAGGUUGUCUUUGCCGACAGGAACAACGCCCAGAAGCAUGAGCGAAAGCAAAUUAUCACAGAUUUGAAACUAGAUAUCCCAGAUGUCAAACUUGUGUGCCUACAUUUCGUACACAAUGAAGAAGAUAUCGCGAAAAUCAGAGAUAUUACGCGAAAGCGUGUGGUGGACCGUGGUGACAAUCACCAAACAAUCCAUGCUGCUACGGAUGGGUCUAAAUAUAUGAAGGUUAUGGACGGCUUUUUUGAACGAUUUGAGCCUUGCAAUCCUAUUUCAAGACCAGAUAAUGGAUUUGAUGUUGUGAUCAAACUGGAUCCAACUGCUGGGUCCCGGGCUAACCUUGAGGCCGUGAUAUCCGGACUCAACAAAGCCUUUCCUGAUCUCUUCGAAGAAAUUCCAAAUCAAGCAGAUUUGGAUAGAGCAGUGGAAGCUGCGUUGACCUACAAACCAGGCGUGAAACAGAGAGUUGUCGAGCGCGCGGUCCUUAAGCCCACCGCCGGCUCGAAGCGUAAGCAACGGCUAGAAUAUGUGGCUAUUGCGAUACCUAAGGAUUUUAUCAACAAAAUGCUUGAUAAGACGUUCUCAGGGGUAAAAAAAGAGAAAUCUCGCAUGUUCAUGCAACUGAAACAAACCAGACGCAUACAGAACGAGUUCCACGUUACUCUAAUGCACCGCGCUGCCGAAUCUGAUAACCCAGAGCUUUGGAAGCGGUAUGCCAUGCUGCACGAUGCUACUGACGAGAAAAAUCCUGAUAUGGGAUCUUGUUCUGUAUUUAUGGAAAGGAUUGUUUUUGAUGACCGGUUGAUGGCGGUGGUGGUACGUAUUGACGACCCGGAAGGUAACUGGGUUUGUGCAAACCGGGUUGCACAUAUUACAAUAGGCACCCGAGACAACUCAGUAAAACCCAAGGAGAGUAAUGAUUUGCUUGCUAAGUGGUUGGAUCACGGCCUCAUUAAUGGCAUGGACGAAAUUAUGUUGUCCGAUGCACAGGUAGUCGCAGGAACCGUACGUGGAGUCCUAUCCAGAUAA